AUGGAGCGGUUCGUGCUGAGGCGGGCGGCGGGCGCCGGGCCCGGCGGCGGCGGGAAGCGGCCGAGGCGCGAGGCGGCGGGCGCGGAGCCGCCGCUGCCCUCGCCCUGGCGGGAGAUCCGCGCCGAGGGGCUGAGGUGCGAGUACGGGCUGCUGUUCGGCGCCGCCGAGGCGGACGCGCUGCUGCGGGAGCUGGAGCGGGACGUGCAGUACGACCAAGGCGAGCGCGCCAAGCUGCACGUCUUCGGCAAGUGGCACCGCAUUCCCAGGCAGCAGGCGACCUACGGGGACGCGGAGCUGACGUACACGUACUCGGGCGUCACCUUCUCCCCGAGGCCGUGGAUCCCCGUCCUCGACCGCAUCAGAGACCGCGUCGCGCUGCACACCGGACAUACCUUUAAUUUCGUCCUUAUUAACCGAUACAAAGACGGCUGUGACCACAUAGGGGAGCAUCGAGAUGACGAGAGAGAGCUGGUUCCCCGCAGUCCUAUCGCAUCCGUGUCGUUCGGAGCCUGCAGGGACUUUGUUUUCAGGCACGGCGAGUCCAGAGGGAGGAAAGCAACGCGCCGCAUCGAGCCCAUCAAGCUGCAGCUGGCGCACGGGAGCCUGCUCAUGAUGAAGUAUCCCACCAACGUGUACUGGUACCACAGUGUGCCCGUCCGCAGGAAAGUGCUUGCCCCGAGAAUCAACCUGACCUUUCGGAAAGUGAUGGCUCUUACCAGCAAAUGAAACACUUCACAGUCGAGCACCUGCUAUUUUGACUUUUAAAAUGGGAGCUUGAUCCCUGACAUAGCAGUCAGUUUCUCUUCCAAACGCUAUCCUCAAUGAUCCAAGGCAUUGGAUGAGGGAGUUAAACCAGAAGAGGGCAUAGUGUCCUUAAAAACUUGCUAAUAAAUAAAUUGCUCAUCUUAUAUGAUAAGACUGCUGUUCUCUCAAUAAAGUGUUGGCUUAUAACAUAAAAUACUUCUUUCAAGAUAACACCACACAGGAACAGUUAC